CCAUGUACAAGAACCAAGGGUCCAUGUAUCUGAGGCCCCCCAGACAGAGUUCAGGAAAGAUGCUGGCAGCUAUAAUCCUAGUCUGGUCCCUCCUGUUCCUGCUCCUCGGACUAACUCUAUCAGCUGGAGGUAUCUACCUUUACUUCAACAAUAAAAUAUCCUAUCCUUAUCUGGAUGUGUUGAGAGAAGUUUUCUUUGAUUUGAGGAUAUUGUUGGUGCUGUUUGGGGCGGUGGUUACGCUUUGUUCGCUCGUCAGUGUGCUUGGGAUUUGUUCAAAACGGAGACAACUGCUUCAGGCUUACUGUUACACAGUCAUUCUGUUGCUCCUACUGCAGUUUGGGGUGGCUCUAUUCACCUUCAUUAACAAGCAGAAUUUAAUAGACAUUCUGCACUACGAGUGUAUGGCCCUGCUAAGCGAGUCAGACCCUGUCUACACGGACUUCUUCAACCGAGUGCAGACCAAACUAGAGUGCUGCGGUUGUGUUGCUCCAGCUGACUACUCUAAACUACACUCUGCAACACUCCCAGAUACCUGCUACAGUGGAGAGAACGAGGUUCACAACACGGGCUGUCUUACUGCUGUUUACAAGCUAGUGGAGGAUCGGAGUACUCUGCAAAUAAUAGUUGGGAGCAUAGCCGCAGCGCUGCUUCUCUUCAUAAUCCUGGUCAUCAACUGCUACAUUGUCAAACACAAGGAUAGUUUUAAAGGAGGCAGUCCGAACAGAGUGACCCCCUCACCGAGUCCCUCCACUGUCAACCACAAAGUUAGCAACCUGUCCACUCCCACCAGAUUUGGGAAGAGCAACACGUCACCACACAAAGGAGAUGGAGUUCAGAGGAUCAUGGUCAGAGAACACAGCUUCUGAAUCUCUGUCUCACUGGAGAGGACUAGAUACGAUACUCAGACUUCCAUGGACCACUUAAAUUCUUGAAGGCGAAGUGGUUUAUGAAUAUGGCUCAUUUUCAAUUUUGUUUUAGAGUGUUGACCUUUUUUUAAGACCGAUGAUUUGGUUUAACUUAGUCUUAAUAGUUUUAGCUGCCUUGCAAUUUAUGUUUUUAAAUUUAAAUAUUUAUAUUUAAAAGACGUACAUAUUAUAUUCAUAGCAGAAAAUCAGACGUUGAUCAAAAACUAUCUCUGAUAAGAUUAUAAUUUCCCGGAUGGUCUCAUACGAUCAAUAGUUAUUUUUGUACAUUUCAUCAAGUUAGUUAUAGUCUUAAAAUAGCAGAAUUAUAUUUAGUUUGUCUAAGCAAAAAUAUUGAUUUAAUAUUUUUUAUUC